AUGAGUCUCAGAGCGGUCCCGUACAACCGCGUUGAAACAAGCGGCAGCAUCUUGUUCGCCACCCGAGGCGGCAAGAUUCACUCGUUCGACCUCUCGGACGGCAAACACGUAUCGUCAUGGCAGCACCCCGAUGUCGAAAAGCUCGGAAGCUCGGUCGGGGUCGAUGCGGGGGCGGACCGCACGACCGAGCCCGAGCAUGAGCAUGAGCAGGGAUUGCAGUCCGACAACACCCGCGGGGCCGAGGACGACGAGCCUCCCGCUAAGAGACCGAGGGUUGGCGAGGAGGAUGCGACAGCGGCGCCGCCCAUUGCGGCCGGUGACCAGGCCAAGAGAAAGGGGAAGAAGAGGCAGAGGAACGGCGACGGCAGCCAUGGCGACUCAUCGCGCAUGGGCCGGGUCGUAGAUCGACCGCUCAUCACCCUCAUGACCUGCACGGAUGACGGGCACCACCUGGUCGCCGUGUCGGGGCACGACAAAGCAGUCUGGGUGUUGGAGCACGACGGACAAGGGCAUCUCGCGCCAUUGAGCCAGAGAGUCAUGCCAAAGCGGCCCAGCGCCAUCGCCCUCGGCUUCGGCCCGCACAUCCUUGUCGCCGACAAGUUCGGCGACGUCUACCACAUCCCCCUCCUCAUGGCUCCCGCACCGCCGGCUCCUCUUGCUCCUCCCCGCGCUGCGCCCGCCCCCGCGCCCGCCUUGAAACUCAACGAGCCGGCCGCCAACACUUCCACCGUCCACUCGAAACGCAACCGCCAGGCGCUCGAGCACCAGCGCAAGCAGCUCGAGUCGGACAAGUCCAAAGGCCCUGCGCCGCAGCCCGAAGGGCCCGGCUUCGAGCUCAGCCUCCUCCUUGGCCACGUGUCGAUGCUCACCGCCUUGGUUGUCGCGGAAAGCAAAGGACGGAGGUACAUCCUGACGGGGGAUCGGGACGAACACAUCCGCGUGUCGCGCUACAUGCCGCAAGCCCACGUCAUCGAAACUUUCUGCCUCGGCCACAAGGACUUUAUAAGCGACAUGAUCGUUCCCAAGGCGAGGCACGACGUUCUCAUCUCCGGCGGGGGGGACCAAGACCUCUUCAUCUGGGACUGGGAAGCGGGACAGGUGCUCUCCAAGACGAACCUGCUGGCUCUGGCGCGCGAGGUUGUUCCCCAGACCUCCACGGUAUCCGUGUGCGGGUUGACGUCCUUGCUUUAUCCAGCUGAGGAGGGCCCGUUGACCUACGUCCUGGCCAUAUGUGAGGACCUCAAAGCAAUCUUCACCUGGCAGCUCACCGACAAGAAUCAACUCAAGAACCCAAGCAUCAUCCAGCUGCCCUACAACCCCCUCCACGUUGCUACGGUUGCGCCGGCUAAUGGGUCGCCACUGAAACUCAUCGUAGCAACGGACCCUGGCCAAAGUGUUGAAGCAAGGAGCCUGCGCGAGUACACCAUCACUCGGACUGAUGGCCGUUUAUCUUCACUCGCGGAACUUCCUAUCCAUGGCCAAGACCUGGAUGGCGCAGAAAUCCAAGUGUCCGAAAAGGAGAUUCGCAACAUGUUUUACACUGCGGGAAACCUGCGAAAACAGGAGUAUCAAGACACAGGGCCAGAGUCCCUCGCAGAGGGAGACGCCGUAGACGGGGUAGCUGUCUCAGAAGAACAAUGA